AUGGGUCUCCUAGAUCGCAUCCAAGCCAAGAUCGAGCUCUUCCGCCUUGAGCAGCGCUACACUCGACGCCGUCACCGACGCUCCACCUUCGUAUCCAACGCCAUUUACGUCGACGGCGAGUACAUCUACCAGUCGCCCAACACGACGGGUUCCUCCGCCAACACCUCCCGCACCAACAGCACCCAGCACACGUCAACCACACAUAGUACCGUACCUUCCCCAGCGGUCGUUGAUUUCGCUUCAGCAGCCAGAUCGACAGAGGACGCCGGAAAGCAACAGAAGAGGUUGAACCGGUGGUCAUCAAUGCCUGGAUUCGGGUCCACCUCGAGGCCUGAGGGAAUGGGGCCGGGAUCUGGGAUGCCGACAGUGACGGAGCAGGACUGGAGAAAGAGGACUAGUUUGGACGAGGCAAGGCGGUACUAA